GGCCGGGCCGGGAGCGAGCGGAGCGCGGGUGGCGGGUCGGGGGACCCUGUGCCGUCGCCGGGAGGAGGGGUCGGUGCCGCGUUUCGGCGGUUGGAGGCGAAAAGGCGAGACGGAGGAGACCUCCCUGGGCAUCAGCUGCAACCCUCGUAGCAGAGAUUCAAGUGGGAAACAGAGAGGGAAUCCAGAGACAAACCAGCGGGGGAUUUAGGAACUGUGACGCCGUGUCCUCUCUCCUGUGCCGGAGCAAGCAAAGGAAAGAGAGGUAGAGGAAAAAAGACUGAGCCUUACAACAGCCGUCACCUGAUGAUGUGUCAGUCAAACACCCUGCAGGGACCAGAUCUGCACACAGGGAAAUGGUGAGAUGCUAUAAAGCUUUAUCUAACCCUCCACCCUCUUGCUACAACCUCCACAAAGUUAAAAUCCAUGUCCGGAGGCUGCGUUCAGGGAACGGCGGCAGCAGCAGCUGUGCCGGGGACCAGCACCCACAGCUGGAGAGCCCAGGCCCGACUGGCUCUGCCGGUGGGACACCAAGUAGGAGAACUCGUUUCAGGUUGCAAUUCCCCCAGCUGGCCCUGAGGCGGAGGUUGGGCCAGCUGAGCUGUAUGUCUAGGCCUGCUCUGAAACUCCGUUCUUGGCCUCUGACUAUUCUCUAUUACCUUCUGCCUUUCGGUGCCCUUAAACCCCUGACCAGAGUGGGAUGGAGGCCCAUGAGCAGGGUUGCCCUGUACAAGUCGGUACCAACUCGGCUGCUCUCGCGGGCCUGGGGUCGCCUGAACCAGGUGGAGUUGCCCACGUGGCUCCGUAAGCCCGUGUACAGCCUGUACAUCUGGACCUUCGGGGUGAACAUGAAGGAGGCGGCUGUGGAGGAUCUGCACCACUACAGGAACCUCAGCGAGUUCUUCCGCAGGAAGCUGAAGCCGCAAGCGCGGCCGGUGUGCGGCGUGCACAGCGUGAUUAGUCCCUCUGAUGGAAAGAUCCUGAAUUUCGGGCAGGUAAAAAACUGUGAAGUGGAGCAAGUAAAAGGGGUCACUUAUUCUCUGGAGUCUUUCUUGGGACCUCGUGUCUCGACAGAGGAACUGCAUUUUAGUCAGGCCCCACCUGGUAACUCUUUUCAGCAACAACUGGUCACCAAAGAGGGGAAUGAGCUGUACCACUGUGUGAUCUACCUUGCUCCAGGGGACUAUCACUGCUUCCACUCGCCCACCGACUGGACAGUGUCGCACCGACGGCAUUUCCCAGGCUCUCUGAUGUCUGUGAAUCCCGGAGUUGCUCGCUGGAUCAAGGAGCUGUUCUGCCACAACGAGCGGGUUGUCCUUACAGGUGACUGGAAGCACGGCUUCUUCUCACUGACAGCUGUAGGGGCGACAAACGUGGGCUCCAUCCGCAUCUACUUCGACCAGGACUUGCACACCAACAGUCCAAGUUACUCUAAAGGUUCCUACAAUGACUUCAGCUUCAUAUCCAACAACAACAAGGAGGGAAUCCCCAUGAGGAAAGGGGAACAUUUAGGGGAAUUUAAUUUAGGCUCCACAAUUGUCCUAAUCUUUGAGGCACCCAAGGACUUCAAAUUCAACCUCAAAGCCGGACAGAAAAUCCGCUUUGGAGAAGCACUGGGCUCUCUAUAGAAACUGUCUCAGCAAGAAGAUUUUCUAUACAAAGGGACUCUUUUCACACCACUGUUUCACUUUACAAGUCCUUAUCACUCAGCAGGACCUGGGUGAGCAGAAGAGAAGAUGUCAGUGCUGUGUUAACCUUGAGAGUAUUUGCUCUACAUUUACCUGCUGCUGAAUGUAGAAACUGAAUUGAGUGAUCAUGGAUGUAUCAGGUACAGCUGCCUUUAAAGAUGUUGCCCAUGGAGGUUUCUGUCCCAGCCUGUGCCUGUGUUGUUUCAUGUUCUCCCCUCAAUGUGCCGCAGGAUAAUUAUGUUCUUAAGUCCCUUUUAAGCCUUCUGAGGUUGUGCAGGUGCACUGGGGAGGGGUGGAGAUUACCUGUGUUUAAAGGGACACUGACAGGCUCAGUCUCAGACCUUGUACUUUAUAGCUGCAAUAUUUGUUUUUCAGACCUUGAGUAAAGAAUACGUUCUCAUAUUUAUUUUGUUCUAAGAAACUCUGCUGAAAUUGUCAAAUAAAGACAGCCUGUGAGUGCACACAGAGCCAAACAGUGAGACUGGCUGGUGUGGCUUCACAGCCCAAACAAAGCAACACGUGCAACAGAGCAUCAGUAGAAAGAAUUACACUCAGCCAGGUUUUCUGCUGUUGAACUGGACAACUCCAGUUCUUUUGCCUGACAUUGUCCCUUUAAAAAUGGACUUUGCACUGUAUUUUAAACCUGAAAACACUGUGUCUACAUUCCAGACAACGGCUCUUGUCAUCUUAGGAUUUUCUUUUAAAAAACAAACCCAGACAGAGGUGUGUGUACUAUUCCUAAUCCAUGGGUUUAUUUUGCUACUCCAGGCCUUAAAGUUUUUGUCUGUAUGAGGGACAGUUACUUCACCUCUUGGAUUAUGGAGUUAGAAGACACAGGGAAUGUUUUUCUUAUGUGAUGUGAUAGUAACUAAAAUAUGUUUUACUUUCUGCUAUGUAUCUUCAUUAUUGCUUUGUCACUAAAUUAUUGAAGAAUUAAUUUCUCUAUUAUAGAACAGCUUCAGAUACUUCAGGACCAGUUUUUAUUGCUCAGAGUGAAAUGCCCUAUGCACUGACUGUGUUUACAAACAUUAUGGCUCUUUGAAGAAAUCUCACGUUGCCUCCCAGGUGCCAACCCGGCCCUCCCUUGACUGGCAACAAUUUCAUCUUACUCAAAAUAUAAAAAAAACCCACACUGGCUCUAACUUAUGCCCUCAUACUUAAUGCUAGGAAUGUGCUGGGGGCUGAAAGCUCUGUGCUGAAGCUUCAUCCACAGUAAAAUUUUAGAGUUCAUGUCAAGAAGAGUUAAAAUCUCACACCUUGGAUCUGCUGCAGGUGGCACUAUGUGGUGCUGACAGAAACCACUGCCAGAGUGAAGAGGAAUUGAGUUUUAAAGCCAUGUAUCAGUUGUUUUUAGAGAAUAAACUGUUUCAGGUCCCAGCACUCAAACAUUUAGAACUGAUUGUGCUGUCCAGAGCUUGUUGGAGUGGACAUGCUUAUGAAACCUGCCUUUCUGCUUUCUGAAAGAUUUCUCAUAUUACUUCCUUGCUUGAGCUACUUUUCUGCUACUUCAAGGAGAUAGGCUUUGACCAGCUCUGAUCUCCUAAAGAAACCCUUAUCUUCUUUGUAUGCACUGCAGAAAAUAGAAUAUAAUUUUGUUGUACAAAUGUCCAGUUUGCCAAGUCCUGUAUGCUUAGCUUGUCAUCAGGGAGGAAGGGAUGAUGAACUGCCUCUAAGUGAUGUAGCCCAGCCCUGGGUCAGGUGAUGGUGGUGGCUGUUUGGGUGACAAGCAGGAGAAAAUUCAUUUGGCUCCAGGAGUCAGUGUUUCCUCACUUCACACAGGGAGGAGUUUGAAAGCUUGAAGUGGCUCUCAGCCACCUAUCUUGUUAAACUUCUUGGCAUUAGCAAGUUUACUCCUGCAGCAGUAUAGUACCAGAUGCAAGGGUUUUUUUUAAACCUUUGAGAGUGAGAAAAGAGUAAGUCAAAUAUCAACCCCAAGAGGAUAAAGUUAAGGUGAGAUUUUUGAUUAAACUUCAAUGUUGUGUUAACAGUAGAAAGCAAAUUUGUUCCAGUGGAUGAGAAAAAAAGACAAGUGAAUCUUUUCCCCCUUUUCCAUUGGGGCCUUUGGCACCCAGACACAGCCAAAGGAAAUUUAAGCUUUAAUUUCUUCCUACUCAGCAUCAUCAUCCACAGUAUCUGAAGGUUACUGUUAGCCUGUGAUGGAGGAUGGGUUACUUGAUGUUUGCUUUAUUAAAAAGCUCAGAAGGAGGAGAGGAUCCAGCAAUUGGCUGUUUUUAGGAUGGUUUUAAUACUGUGCAGAGCGAGCUAAUAACUCAGCAUUGCUUGUGAUGCAGGGCCAGCAACACACCCAGAACUGAAAGCAAAGUUGCUCGAGGGUACUGAUAAUGCUGUGAAUUUCUCCUGCCUGGAGAAUCCAUUUAAUUCAACUGUAUCAGUAGCACGGUAUUUUUGUAUGUCAAAGUGUAUGACUUACUGACAUGAACUCAUUUAAUUGCAAACAUUUUGAAAUAAAGAGUCUUAUCUGUGUUGCUUA